GAAGAUCGGUUGCCGGUUGUCCAUGUCGCUGACGCCUUCUCUUUCUAGCAUCGCGGGGCCCAUCCUCCGUCGCUUGUCUUGUCGCUGGUUGCAGCGAUGCAGUCCUACCUGAACACGUUGACGUAUCGUUUGGCAACGUCGCAAUACCUGUUAUUACCGUUCGGAUUUGGAGUUUGCCACAAAGCAGGUUUCGAUGCUCAGUUGAUCAAAUAUUCAGCGUUAUUAUAACAUUUUUUGUUCGGGUGUGUUUGGUUGUUGCGAGAGUUCGGCCGAAGUGUCGGUUUUUUAUUUCAGUGUUUUGUUUUUACGGUAUUUUCUAUUUUCUCUGUUAUCAUUACGAGAUGAUUGUUGUCGUUUCGAAGCUAGUUUUUUGAAAGUUUUCGUGUAGGUAUAAUAAUUGUGUCGCGUUGUCGUGUGAAUGGAAAAAGUUUAGUGUUUGUGCCUGGUUACCUAUACGCCGACGGAGACGAUGAUGACGAUGACGAUCAACAGAAUCACAUCGAAGAUGUCUUCGACCAAGAUCAUAGCCAAAUCGAACGAUUAAGGAAUAUGAAAACUUGAGCACCUAAAUCGAAUACCAAUCAACAUGGCGAGUUCAGCUGGACUGACUCUUAGCGAAUUAGAAAAGGGUGAACUGAUAUGGUUCGACCCGGGUGUCGGGCACGCGUUACCUGGAGAAGUUUUAGAGUACCAUAAACCGGCUCAAGUGCUCACUGUACAAGCGGUCAUCGGAGGAAAGCCGCAAGUUUUCUCUUUGACAAGCGCCAAUGGCUUGAAACGCAGGCAAGAUUUAGGACAGAAUGGAAUCGAGGAUAUGAUACAGCUAAAUGAUUUGAACGAAGCGUCCUUAUUAUGGAAUUUGAAAAUACGCUACGAAAAGGAAUUAAUUUACACGUAUACGGGCAGCAUUUUGGUAGCUGUGAAUCCUUACAAAAUGUACGAUAUGUAUGGUCUCGAUAUGGUCAAGAAGUACGAAGGCCAAAUUUUGGGAACGUUACCACCACACCUAUUCGCCAUUGGCUCAGCAGCUUACAGCGGCCUCACGAAGAGCAACCAAGUGGUAGUGAUAUCAGGCGAAUCUGGUUCCGGCAAAACCGAAUCGACCAAAUUAGUGAUGCAAUACUUGGCGGCAGUCAAUAAAUCGCCGUCUAAUUUGAUAACCGAGCAAAUUCUGGAAGCGUCGCCUCUGUUGGAGAGUUUCGGUAAUGCGAAAACCGUGCGAAAUGAUAAUUCGUCAAGAUUCGGCAAAUAUUUGGAAGUCUAUUUCAAAGAAGGUAUCAUUAUUGGAGCCAAAGUAACCGAAUAUCUGCUGGAGAAGUCAAGAAUCGUUACCCAAGCCCCGGACGAAAGAAAUUACCACGUGUUUUAUGAACUGUUGGCCGGAUUAACUGAGGAAGAAAAACUCAAAUAUGGGCUUUUAUCCGCCGAUAAAUACUUCUAUUUGAAUCAGGGAGGCAGCUGCGACAUCGAUGGCAAAUACGAUGGAGAAGAUUUCCAAUCUUUGUUGUCUGCCAUGCAAGUUUUGGGAUUCACUUCCGAAGAACAAGAUACCAUUUUUAGGAUUCUCGCUUCCGUUUUACAUUUGGGAAACGUGUACUUUCAUCGCAAACAAUUGAAACAUGGCCAAGAAGGAGUAGAAAUAGGUUCAGAUGCGGAGAUCAGAUGGACGGGGCAUUUAUUAAGAUUGGACCCGGAUGGUAUCAAGCAAGCUUUAACCACCAAAACGACGGAAGCACGAAAUGAAAGACUGUUCACAGCGCUGAAUAUAGAUCAAGCUUUAGAUACCAGAGAUGCUUUCGCCAAAGCAUUGUACAGUUCGCUAUUUACCUGGUUAGUUGCUCGAAUUAACCACAUCGUGUAUAAAGGUACCAAAAGAACGUCAGCUAUUUCGAUACUCGAUAUAUUCGGAUUCGAAGAUUUCAAGGAAAACAGCUUCGAACAAUUAUGUAUUAAUUACGCCAACGAGAAUUUACAGUUUUAUUUUAAUAAACACGUUUUCAAAUUGGAACAACAAGAAUACGCCAAGGAAAAAAUUCAAUGGCAGAAUAUCACAUUCAACGAUAACCUACCAGUUAUACAUCUACUGUCGAAGAAACCUGUCGGAAUACUUCAUUUAUUAGAUGACGAAUCGAAUUUCCCCAAAGCGACGGAUUCUUCGUUUUUGGAAAAGUGUCACUAUAAUCACGCCUUGAACGAGUUGUACUCGAGACCUCGCCUGAAUGUGCCGGAAUUCGGUAUCCGGCAUUUCGCCGGCCCUGUUUGGUACAAUGUGGACGGAUUCUUGGAUAAGAAUCGCGAUACUUUGAGGACCGAUGUGGUAGAUUUGUUGAUUUCGAGCUCUUUACCGAUGGUCAGCAAAAUGUUCACAGCUUUGAGAAAUACGUACGAAACUUCCAAAACUUUAAACAAAGCUAACGGCAGAUUUGUAACAAUGAAACCCCGAACACCUACGGUCGCCGCCAGAUUCCACGAUUCUUUGCAGCAGUUAUUAGAGUCCAUGUCCAAGUGUCAUCCUUGGUUCGUGCGAUGCAUAAAACCAAACUCUGAAAAGGCAGCUAUGAAGUUCGAUAUGCCCGUUGUUUUGGAACAACUAAGAUAUUCCGGUAUGUUGGAAACGAUCCGUAUUCGCAAACUCGGUUACCCGGUUCGAAUGAAGUUUAUGGAAUUCGUUGAAAGAUACCGAUAUCUACUACCUACCAGAAUGUGUACACCGAGAGGAGCACCUGCUAGGGAACUGUGUCAUAUCAUUUUGGAAAACCACGGUGAAGAUUAUCAACUGGGUACGACUCGGGUAUUCUUGCGCGAGAACUUGGAACGUGAAUUGGAGAGAGAAAGAGCUGAAAUCUUACACAAGGCUGCCAUGACCAUUCAACGUAACGUCAGAGGGUUCUUGGCUCAGAAACGAUAUCAAAACGCCAAACAAAGCGCCAUCAAAAUUCAGUCCGCCGUUAGAGGCUGGAAAGAGCGUAGGAAAUACGUGGUGCUGAGAAGAGGUGUUGUCAAAACGCAGGCCUUGUAUCGAGGCAGAAAGCAAAGGCAGCGAUAUAAUCAACUAAAGGAAGAACUGAAACGCCGAGCUGAAUUAGCCAGAGAACGAGCUCGUGUUAAAGCACAGAAAGAAGAUCAAGAACGUACUUCGAGAGCCAUAGCUGGAGUCAAUCAUCUGGAUGUGCCUGCCGAAUUGGCGUUUGUAUUCAAUAAAUUGGAAGAUACUCAACCAGUUCAUAACGAACGUCAAAUAGUCAAAGUCGUAGGACCAGUUGUAGAGAAAAAAGAAAUGUACGAAUUACCCGUCGAUGUCGAUCAACACGUAUUUUCUAAAUUUACCAAUAUCUACUUUAAGUCUCACGUCUGGGGUAUGAAGAGAGAACCGAUCAAAACACCAUUUCUGCACAAAAACAAAGAUUCCGAUUACGCCGACUCUUUGGCUUUAUUCAAGUUAAUUCUACGUUUCAUGAACGACGACACGUUAACUGAUCGCAAAGAACAAGUGUUAGGAGAUUACAUCUGCUACAAAGGAUUGACUAAUGAAAAACUGCGCGACGAAAUACUCUGCCAGUUGGUCAAUCAGACGUGGAGGAACGACGUGCAGGCUAAUAACGAAAAAGGCUGGUUAUUAAUGGCUAGCUGCUUAUCGGUCUUUCCACCAUCGCCUAGUUUAUAUAAAUUCCUGCUCAAGUACGUCUCUGAUCACGGAUAUAACGGAUACAAGGCGAUCUGCCAACAGAAAUUGUUACAGUCUCAUAACCAGUGGGCUAGAUUGUAUCCGCCUUGUUUGCUCGAAUGGAAGGCUAAUCGUAAGAAGAUACAUACUGCCGUACAAGUACACUUUGCGGACGGUGAAUCAGUAAUGGCUGAUUUGAAUUCGUGGACACGAUGCGAAUCAUUGUGCGAAACUGUAUUAGCUGACAAAGGUAUAGCAGAAUGCCACGGAUGGACUGUCGCAUUAGAUAAUAACGAAGACCAACGUAAUGGACUGGAUUAUGUGUUUGACGUAAUUUCCGAAAUGGAGUUACCUCAAGGAUUCCCCACCCAGAAACAAAAUGUUAUUCCAACUAGUCAAAAAGCUGAACCAUAUUCGACUGCUCGCAGACCAACUGUACCACCUCCUCAACCACCUGUCAGUUUACCUCAGAAUGCUCAACCAAAAAUGAGAUCAAUUUCUCGCGAUCAUAUGGUAGAAUCUGGUUUAUCGAGACAAUCAGCAUUGAACGACAGAUAUUUCGAUAAAGAAAGUACUCGAUCGCGCAGCUUGGAUAACCUUCUGUCUCCGACGAUCACAACGAAGAGUGGGGCGGAGAACCCAUUAAAACUGGAGAAAUUAGGAUUAUCUCAUAGCCGACUCAACGACAGGUAUCACUCGCAAUCGAUGGAAAGGAUCCAAGAAAUUUCCGGCGACAUGGACGUUGAAUUGAGCAAAGUAGAAGAUGAUAAUUUAGAAUCCGUUAGUCAACGAGGAGAAAACAGGAAAUAUAGUUUGACUGGAGCAUCUUCGGACGUAUUGGGUGUAAACAGUCAACUGGAUUUCGAUUUCUCCGAUUUGGCUCGAAGCGAAGACGAUAAAGGAAGCUAUAUCAAAGGCCAUCCUAGAUUCAUCAAAUCGCAAUAUGCCGGAAAACGAGCCGCUCCUGGAAGCCAUUCGAGUAGAGCUCAAAUUGAAACGAGGUAUUCGGCUGAUAAAUCUGAUGUCGGAGUCAAGAGCUCAGCACUUUCGGAUACCAGCGAAGCUCCAUCUUUGGCUUCCCACGUAAGAAGAGUACGUGUUCCUUCGCAAGCCUCUGAUGUAGAUCAGUUCCUCGACGAUCUAUUUAAUCCGGUUUUAGACCAGUUAUCCGAUGCUCGUUCGUUAGCUGCUUCAAUCAAGGGCACUGAUAGCGAUUUUGAAGAGUUACUUGCACGACCGGAUAUAUUAGCCAGUCGUAUCAAAGGCGGUGGUAAAGGAGUCGGUGGAGUUGGAUCGCAUCAAACAAGCACCCAGAGCCCUACUUCUGCAUCGUACAGCUUUAAUCCUAUGGUCAGUUCGCCGCCAUCGAUGAUACCCGGAUUAAUCUCACCACCAUCUUUACUAAUGCCUUCGGUACCUUUGUACAACGCACAAGGGGCCGUAUCAUUGGAUGCUGCCACAAUGGCGCAAGGAUACAUGCCAGUACCUAUUUAUAAUAUGCAAGGUUUACAUUUACCAGAUCAAUCUCAAUCCGGUGAUCCGAACGUGAUCGCUUACCAAGCCAAUCUGCAACAGGCUUUCUUGCAGUCUGCUAUGGCGCAAAAUAUUCGCAUGCAGCAGCAGUUAUUGGCUCAGAAUCAAGCUUUUCAGCAACUUUUACUGCAGCAGCGUAUAACCCCCAAUGAAAAUGGUACUCCGCAGAAAGGCAGCAAAGCGACACCAACAUCCAGCGCAGCCAAUAAUCAUACUCAAAUGUACAGAUCUGGUUCACCUCAUUCCACUUUUACCAGCGUACUUUCCGAGUUGAAAAAUCGAAAAUCGUCAUCAGAAUCGAAUUCAAAGUCCGUGGUUCCCCCUCCUCCACCGUUACCGCCCCCGCCAGAAUUGAUAGAUCCUAGCGAAACGAGACCAUUCAUGGAUCCAUACGGUAGAGCGAAAACCGUACGUAUUGGUAAAUGGAGAUGGCCACCUCCGAAAGAUGAUAACUCGCAAGACACUUCGUUCAUUCAGUUUAAAAUGAAACAAAAACGUAAACAUUCUCACGAACUGGGAGAUGGAGAGGUCGGAAUCGAAUGGGAAGAAUACGAAAUAUCGGCCGAACAAUCGCUUCCGGUUCAAGGACAGAAUCAAUCCAAUGCUUCGAAACAUAAUCAAGUUGAAAUUCAUCGUUCUUCGUAUAAAUCUUUGGAAGUUGGUUCAGCUCGACCAAGUCCCGGUAGCGUAGGAAAACUACGAAUUAGCAACGAAAUGAAACAUAAGUUAGAACUCGUCACUGCCAAUCACAGCUUGAGAUCGACUGGCAAACCGCGUCCUCCAGCCAUUCCAAACAUGCAGAACAAUCAAACUGGAAAACUGGAUUCUGACAGAAGAUUACUAUUGCAGCAACAGUUAGCUGGAAGAUGGGGCAGUGUUGACAAUGUUGAUAGUAGAACUACAUCCAAAGAUGACCGAUCUGAUAUUCAACAGAACAAUAUUAGAAAUCAGAUGGAUCGAAUGGAGAAACCAAACCAAAACACUGGCAGGAGACCACCUCCGCCACCCAUCGUACCACAACCGCCUUCCCGAACAAAUAGUUUUUAUUCUCAUAACAAUAAUAUGAUUCCACCUCCACCUGUUCAACCUAUGGCUAGAGAGAUGUACGACCAAAGUAUGUUCAAUACAGGAUCAGUUUCUGUUCAUCGUUCAGAUCAUGUUGAACUGGAAGAAUCUCCGGAAUUCUUGACUCCUGUAGAAGCUUUACCCAAUACACAAAUGCUACAAGAGACCACUCAGUCGACUGUUUUAUACAAUACAACGAACGGCGUCCAUAUUACCUACAACAGAGUACCGUGGAAGCUGAAUAUUCGUAAAGAGGUAUUUUCUCCCAAAGAAACCACCUCGAGUCCGUUAGUAUUGCAUUUAAUAUUUUGCCAAAUCGUUAACGACGUUUUAACCAAAAAUAUGGCCAGAAUUACGAACAACGAGAAAUCCGAGAUGUUACAGUUGCUGGAAAAAUACGAUAUUACCGUCAACAAUAUGCAUUCUAAUCAACAUAAAGCCAGCACCAAGCGUUCCGUUAUAGAAGUAGCGCAGCAUUGGUUGUUAUACUUCGCGCGGAUAUUCCCCGUCUCGUGUGGUUACGAAAAUCCAGAUGUACAGUUAUUAGCCAUCACUCAGGUUGGAAUUAGACUGGUCAAGGUGGAGAAUAACAAACUGAAAGUUUUGCAUUCUAUUCUAUUAGAAGAAAUAGCCGAAAUAAUUGCUGGAAAAGGAGGUGCUUCUUUGGAAAUAUUUUUAAUUUCCGGCGAAUGUUUCUCGGUUUAUACUCCGGGAUGUCGACUGAUAUACGCUAUGCUGAAUGCAUUCCUUAGAGAAGCUGGACCUCCGGGUAGAAUGCAGCGCAUCGAUGAUAGAGUCAGACCCAUGGAUCAGAAAGGUUGGCAUUCGGAUAGGACACACGCUGUCAAUUCAGUGACCAAUGAUCGUCAUGUGACUGAUGAUGGCAAACAUUCGUUAUUGCAGUUCGCCAUGUAUCAUUUUAGAAAAAGCAGCGAGAAGUUCGAGGUGUUGAAAACCGCGGACGGAGAAAUAAACGGAUCUUUGAAAAUGUUACAAGGUAAAAAAGGCGAUUGGACGUGGAAAGAACAGGUGGAUCUAGUCAAGUAUACGACAGUUUGCAUAAGCGAGUCUCUACUUAAAUUAGAACCGGAGCUGAAUCGUUUAGCUGUCGAAUGUUUCGAAUGCAUAAUGAGAUACAUGGGCGAUUUACCUAUAACGCCGGAGCUGAAUGAAGUGAAAUGCGUUUAUACCAUUUUAAUGCAUUGUCAUAAGUACGAGAAUUUACGAGACGAGGUGUAUUGCCAAUUGAUGAAACAAACCACCAGCAAUAAAACCGAUAGUUGUCAACGCGGUUGGAGAUUGUUGAGCAUUGUGGCUGCGUAUUUCAUGUGCUCGGAAACAUUACGACCAUUUUUAUUGAAAUAUUUGGAAACUGCCGCCUACGAUAAACGACGAGCUUUCCACGGCACCGCCAACGUAUGUUUGCAGAAUUUACGUAAAACCCUCAGAUACGGUGGUCGUAAAAACGUACCCAGUGUCGAAGAAGUAACCGCAGUCAGCGCUGGACGUAAUUCUAAACGACAAAUGUACAGACUUCCGGGCGGCAGCGAGACUGUAAUUAACACCAAGUCGACGACCGUCGUCGACGAUAUAAUAUCGGAUAUGUGCGCUUUGAUAAAUGUCGAUAACCCGUUAGAAAUGGAAGAGUUCUCGCUGUAUUGCAUUGUAGAAGGCGAUGCUUUUACCAUGCCUUUGGCUCGCGAAGAAUAUAUACUCGAUGUUACCACUGAAUUGCAGAAAAAUCAACAGGUAUUCUAUUUGAUUUUCUGCCGAUCCGUUUGGUAUUUCCCGUUGCGGUUGGAUCAUCAUUUAUAUGUGCAAGUUUUAUUCAAUCAAAUAGCUCCUGAUUAUUUGGAAGGGCUUUUGUUAGUACAACCGAAUGAGCUGCUUCCUGAGGAGUUGGUGUACGAAAUAGCCAAGUUGGCAGCUUUAUUGCAUAGAGCAGCCGACAUGACUCAUCCACCUACCAUGAAAGAAACCAAAUUUUUGCUACCUAAACCCGCCUUGGCUCAACGUGACAUCAAACCUCCUCAAUGGGUUCAGAUGGUACAAGCGAACUGGGCUCAAGUUGAAAUGAUUCACAGUAUUCAAGCUAAAGCUCAGUUAUUAGAAAUACUCAGCAAGUGGCCACUAUUCGGAUCUAGUUUCUUUGCUGUGAAACGAGGCGGUGAUCAACAAAUAUUGUCUUUGAACAGAUACGGAGUGCACUUUUUGCACAUUGUUACUCAUGAAACGCUAUCCAGUGUGCCAUAUAACGAAGUAAUUUCAACUCGUAAAGUUAGAGCAGAGUCUGGCACUCUGUAUCUGGAGUUGAAAUGCGGUAAUCUCUUCCAGCAAAGAGUGGCUCGCUUGCAAACUGACCAAGCUCAUGAAAUUGCCAGGCUUAUUAGACAAUACAUGAGCUUACACCGCCAGAAACUGGUGGUACAUUAGGCAUUUGUUGCUCGAGAAUGAACAUUACCUAUAACAGUAUUUUAUUUGUACUUUUAUAUACAAAUUUUAAUUUUUCUUUCCCUUUUUUUUACAAAAAAAAAAUUAGUACGUGAAUUUUGUUAAAUUUUUUAUUUAUUAUUAUUUUUUUUAUUCAAUUGAAUAAUUUUGCUCUUUUUUUCUCGUUUAAAUAUGUAUAUGCAUAUCGUUGUUGUAGUUUCUUUGUUUUUUUUCAAAGAAAUUUAGAUAAUAGUUGUUAUCAACAAAUUUCCAUUUUAUGGUUUACUAAAAAUAAAGCAAAAUAAAUUACAAAAAAAUGU